CGUUCGACUGGGAGCUUUUUCGUUCAUGGAUUGUCGACCAUUGGGAUCAAAUAAUGGAAAGUCGGUCGAACGUGGAGAGCCUGAAGGGCCUUCUAAUGGCUCUUUCAAACUACCGAAGAAUAGACGGUGAGGAGCACUUGAAUGCUCUACUUCAAGCCUGCCCCAUCCCGCCGGAGAUAUACGAGGACUUUGCUGCGGAUGACUUUGAGGAAUUCUGGAUCAAUAUCGAGGAGAUCCAGGCGGCCUUUGCUAAACUUCAACAGCAGGUGGAGCUGCGGCUGCUCGAGCUGGCUGGGGCGUCGAUCCAGAGGGAUGCGCAGAGCGAGGGGGGGCUGAAAUCAGUUGAAGCGCCCCCUGUCAUUUUCUCAUACUUCAGCGCCACUGCUGCUGCUGCCUCAGUUUUGUCACGACACUCCCACGAGGUGAGUGAACGCGCCACUGCUGCUGGUGAGGGGGAGAUGCUUUACUUCUUCCCGUGCCCCUCACCCCCAUGUUUUCCUACCCAUGCCCCCCUCCUCCCCACCCCCAGGCAUACACGGUGGAGAUGGAUCAUGGAGAGGGGGUGCUGUCCUUUUUUUCCAUGCCUCUCACCGUGUACGUCCCCUCCAUGCCCCCCUAUCCUCCCACCAGGCGUACACGGAGGUGAGGGAGGCGGGGGCGGGGAACAAUCAGCUGAACAUACAGCUGCUGCUGCUGUAGUAUCUCAUGACGGGCAUGAGGAGGAGGACCGCACCUGCAGCACUAGUGCGGAGCGCACAGCCCAUGAGGGGCAUGAAGACGAGGACAGCAGCUCCAGCGCUGGCAGCAGAAGUAGCACCAGCAGCGCCAGCGACCCACGUGGUGAGUGCGCCGCCUCCCUUAGCCCCCCUGUCAUUUUGGAAGGGGAGUGGCAUGGGGAAGGGGAUGCGAGGGAUAGCGGGGUGGUUAGAGGAGGGGAGUGGUAUGGGGAGGGGGGUGGCAUGGAGAGGGGGGUGGCCUACGGAGCGGGGGAGAGGGGCGGCUGUGGGGGGGGGGUGUCAGGGAUGGAGCGUGGGUGGGAUAGGCGGGGGGUGAGUGGGGUGGUAUGGGGAGAGGAGUGGCAUAAGGAAGGGAGUGGCAUGGGGAACGAGCUCUCUCUCAUCUUUUUCUACGUUCCCUCCGCAUCGGCAGAAUACUUUGAAGUGGGCGGCGAUAGGCUUAGCAAGGUUACUGAUCUGCAUCAAGCCUACGCCAACGAGGCGGAGGCAUAUGAGGAGCGGGCCAGUCUUGCUGAAGUGGCAUUUGAGCAUGCCCGUGACAGGUUGUAUCAGUUAACUAAGCUGGCGGAGGCGCAAGACUUGUUGGUAAAGGAGCUGCAGCGCACGAUGAAGGAGCGUGAGGCAACGAUUGAGGGGUUGCAACGCACUGCGGAGGAGAGGGAGAGGAUGGUCGAGGCACUGCAGAGCGCGGCGAAGGAGAGGGAGAGGAUGGUCGAGGCACUGCAGAGAGCGGCGGAGGAGAGGGAGAGUAAGGUCGAGGCGCUGCAGAGCGCGGCGGAGGAGAGGGAGAGUAAGGUCGAGGCGCUGCAGAGCGCGGCGGAGGAGAGGGAGAGGAUGGUCGAGGCACUGCAGAGCGCGGCGGAGGAGAGGGAGAGGAUGGUCGAGGCACUGCAGAGCGCGGCGAAGGAGAGGGAGAGGAUGGUCGAGGCACUGCAGAGCGCGGCGGAGGAGAGGGAGAGGAUGGUCGAGGCGCUGCAGAGCGCGGCGGAGGAGAGGGAGAGGAUGGUCGAGGCACUGCAGAGCGCGGCGAAGGAGAGGGAGAGGAUGGUCGAGGCACUGCAGAGCGCGGCGGAGGAGAGGGAGAGUAAGGUCGAGGCGCUGCAGAGCGCGGCGGAGGAGAGGGAGAGGAUGGUCGAGGCACUGCAGAGCACGGCGAAGGAGAGGGAGAGGAUGGUCGAGGCACUGCAGAGCGCGGCGGAGGAGAGGGAGAGUAAGGUCGAGGCGCUGCAGAGCGCGGUGGAGGAGAGGGAGAGUAAGGUCGAGGCGCUGCAGAGCGCGGCGGAGGAGAGGGAGAGUAAGGUCGAGGCGCUGCAGAGCGCGGCGGAGGAGAGGGAGAGGAAGGUCGAGGCGCUGCAGAGUGCGGCGGAGGAGAGGGAGAGGAUGGUCGAGGCACUGCAGAGCGCGGCGAAGGAGAGGGAGAGGAUGGUCGAGGCACUGCAGAGCGCGGCGGAGGAGAGGGAGAGUAAGGUCGAGGCGCUGCAGAGCGCGGCGGAGGAGAGGGAGAGGAUGGUCGAGGCACUGCAGAGCGCGGCGAAGGAGAGGGAGAGGAUGGUCGAGGCACUGCAGAGCGCGGCGGAGGAGAGGGAGAGUAAGGUCGAGGCGCUGCAGAGCGCGGCGGAGGAGAGGGAGAGGAUGGUCGAGGCGCUGCAGGUGUGCGGGCUAAUGGAACUUGAUGCCCGUGACCCCGCGACACAUGUUCAGGUGAGCCACGGCCCACGGGGACACACGGGCGAGGGGGUGGGCGUGCGCGCGAGUAUGGGCGUGCGCGCGAGUAAGGGCGCGAGUAGGAGGGGAGGGAUUACAGAAGAGGCAUGUGCGUGUGCUCCAGGCGAGGGCGCCCGACAGCUGGUGGGAGAGGGGCCUCUGCCGUGA